AACGCCAUCUUUAAACCCCACAAGAGGCCAGCUACAGUUGUACACCGGGAUGAAAAAACACUAUCCGUACAGCAGGAUAUAACCUCAGAUCGCGAAAGAACGGACCAUAGCACCCUGGUCAAAUGAACAAUGACAAACAGUCCGGGGAUACCGUGAGGAGACGGUCACGGGACACCGCGAGUACCUAAAACUGUAUGUUAUAGUCUGACAACAACAAUAGACGGAAAGACAACAACAACGGACCAGCUCGCUAACUCGCCCGCUAGCAUCUAAUCAAAUGCUAACCGGAGGCUAGCUGACGUUAGCAACUUAACCAGCAAAUCGUUUUAAUUUGCCCAGACGCUUUCAUAGCCGGUACUGGUUCCCCAGAUACAUCUGCCGGGGCAGUCCAAUAUUUCUUUGCCACAUUUGAACCAUUUUUUUUGGCACAGAAAUCUGCGUUGUAGCUUUAGCUAACGUUAGCCAAGAGCUAAGUCCCGACUUCUCCCCCUCCCCAGCGGCCCAGCCGGAGAUGCGUGGAAGAUGUCGGUGUCGGGGCUCAAGGCCGAACUGAAGUUUUUGGAGUCCAUUUUUGAUCCAAACCACGAACGCUUCAGGAUCAUUGACUGGAAGCCUGACGAACUGAGCUGCCAGUUUAAUGUAACUGGGGAGAAGCCGUUAAUUAUCCACUGUAAUAUAACGGAAUCUUAUCCAUCUACGCCGCCAAUAUGGUUUGUGGACUCUGACGACCCGAGUCUGGCGCAAGUUUUGGAGAGGUUGGAAGAUGUGAGAAAGGGCAGCACCCUGCUUUUGCAGCAGUUGAAGAAACUCAUAUGUGAUCUUUGUCGGCUGUACAACCUUCCCCAACAUCCAGAUGUGGAGAUGCUCGACCAGCCCCUGCCAGCGGGUCCCGUGGCACAAGACCGAAAGCAUGGGACAGAAGAGGUCACAUCCGAAGAAGAGGAGGAGGAAGAGAUGGGAGAGGACAUAGAGGAUCUGGACCACUAUGAGAUGAAAGAGGAGGAGCCUGUGGAUGGGAAAAAAUCUGAGGAUGAUGGCAUCGAGAAGGAGAAUUUGGCCAUCCUGGAGAAAAUCCGAAAGAACCAGAGGCAGGACCACUUGAAUGGCGCUGUGUCUGGUUCAGUGCAAGCCUCUGACCGCCUGAUGAAGGAGCUUAGAGAGAUCUACAGGUCUCAGAGUUACAAGACAGGCAUCUAUUCCGUCGAGCUGCUUAACGACAGCUUGUAUGAAUGGCACAUCAAGCUGAGGACGGUGGAUCCAGAUAGCCCCUUACACAGCGAUUUACAAGUCCUCAAGGAAAAGGAAGGAAUGGAUUACAUUUUACUAAACUUCUCGUAUAAAGAUAAUUUCCCCUUUGAUCCGCCGUUUGUCCGGGUGGUUUCUCCUGUGCUUUCUGGAGGUUAUGUUCUUGGAGGAGGUGCCCUGUGCAUGGAGCUUCUCACCAAACAGGGUUGGAGCAGUGCCUAUUCCAUUGAGUCUGUCAUCAUGCAAAUCAAUGCCACUUUAGUCAAAGGAAAAGCCAGAGUGCAGUUUGGAGCCAACAAAAAUCAGUACAAUCUCGCCCGAGCACAGCAGUCCUACAAAUCCCUGGUCCAGAUCCACGAAAAGAACGGCUGGUACACCCCCCCGAAGGAAGACGGCUAAGACAGACUCCUGCCUUUCCUGCACUGGGACCACAUGCUUUCGAUUCCUUUUUUCCUUGUGACCAAUAUCUUUUUUUUUAUUUUUUAUCCUGCGAAACCAUUUGGCUCUCUCGCAUGAGAGUUUGAACUUCAAACCAAAUUCCUCAUUCAGUGCCCGCCCAGAAACUAGCUCACACACGUACACACACACACUCAGAGACACACAUCUACCUAAAACGGACCUCCAAGCUCAUUAUUUAUCUCUGUACGUCUAUUGUCCGACAAAUCGGAUUUUUCCCACUGCGACAUUCAUCCCAUACUCCAAGAAAACAAUCGACUCAACAUUGCGCACUCUGUCUCCCCUUUUUGGUUUUUGGCGUUACGGCAAGCCAAAGGCUGCUCGCCGGCUGCGAGUUGAAAGGGUGCCGCGUGACUUUAUCCGCCAGCGGCGUCCAGCUGCUCCUCCGGACACCUCCUCUGAGGCCGCGGACUGGAUGGCGAUGUGAUGGGGCGGUGGCCCGGGAGGGACAUUUAAAUGCUGGUGGUAGAAGAACCACUCUCCUUUUCUCUCCAUGGACGUCCUCUGUAAUAUUGUGCUCACGUAUUAUCUUCGCAAUGCCGAGAUUCCUCAUCUGGGAGUAACACGGCGUCCGGGGCUAGCUUGCUUUUCAAAAAAAAAAAAAAAAAAACAUUUUUUUUUUCUCCUAUGUUUUUAAACCCCAAGAAUGGGGAGGAAGACGGAGAGACUUUAGCGGCCCAGGUGGGACAGCACAUAAUGAAGAACAGCCUCUUGUUGGGGACCACCGCCAUCGUCACCACCAGCAACUGGACGACUCCCCCCUCGCAGGAGAGGUCUGGUGUGUUGGCGGCCCAAGAAACAUGACCAGGCCAAGCAGGGGCAUGUUUCAGGUUGGGAUCACACUGUAAUGUAGUUGAUUUUAACUUCACCUGUAAACAUGUAAAUUUGUAUUUCUGCAAAAAUGAUUUAAUUGUUUAUAAUGUAACCUUGUCUGGGUCUUUGACUGGGCAAAGACUGUAUUACUAUAAACCCUUGACUAUUAAAAGCAGGGGUGCCGCAACUUCUCCAGACCCAUUUAGAAUAAGAAAAAGAAGUGGCUUCAUGGAUACUCUUGCAGAAGGAAACAAAAGUUCACCAUGAUCUGAUGUAAGCUUAAUGACUACUGCGUUUUUGAUCCUCUUUUUUUUAUUCUAUUGAUUUCUAAUCCUCUUGUUAUUGGCAGUACCAUCCCCUCUCCACUUUUUUUUUUUUUCCAAUAAUGGCACAGCUUCCAGAGGGCUGUCUGUUCACAUCGUAUCACUCGAACCGGAGGAACCUCAGUAAGGCUAUGCAGCGAGGAGACAAUUCUGUUGUACUGAGGAACGUGAGUCUUAUCAGCGUAGUCGCCUGCUUAGUUCUUGCAGCUUGUUUCACAUCCUGAAAGGGGCGGGGCGGGGCGGGGGGGGGAUAAGUGACCUUUUUACCGCCUGACUAUUCCGCGACCUCACGGCUGGUUUUAAAAUGCAGCCUGAUUCUUUUUUUCAAAUUCACAGCAAUAGUCUCGGGCCUAAUACCUUCCGGCUUCACACCUGGGAAGAUCGACUGGAGUCUGGUCCAUUUCCUGAAUAUUUGUGUAGGUUUG